AUGAUGAUGAUAAUGAUGAUGAUGGUGAUGAGGGUAAUGAGCUCACACGAUUAUGGAGAUGCAUUAACGAAGAGCAUUCUGUUCUUUGAAGGACAGAGGUCAGGGAAGUUACCAGCUAACAAGAGGAUGAGUUGGAGGAAGGACUCAGCUCUGCAAGAUGGGUUUGAGAUUGGGGUUGAUUUGGUGGGUGGGUACUAUGAUGCAGGUGACAACAUAAAAUUCAACUUCCCAAUGGCAUUCUCCAUUACAAUGCUCUCGUGGAGCGUGUUAGAAUUCGGAAAACUGAUGCCUUCAUCAGAGUUUAAUCAUGCAUUAGAAGCAAUCCGAUGGGGAACCGAUUACUUACUGAAAUCCACAAGUGUUCCUGGUUUCGUGUUUGCUCAAGUGGGUGAUCCUCACGACGACCAUAACUGCUGGGAAAGGCCUGAAGACAUGGACAGUAGACGUACACCUUUCGCCGUCAGCAAAAACUUUCCAGGCUCAGAAGUUUCCGCCGAGAUCGCUGCUGCACUUGCCGCUUCUGCCUUAAUCUUCAGAUCUUCCGAUCGUAAAUACUCCGCUAAACUUCUCAAAAGAGCAAUAAUGGUGUUUGAUUUUGCCGACAAGUAUAGAGGCUCUUAUAAUGAUCGUCUUCAACCUUGGGUCUGCCCUUUCUACUGUGAUUACAGUGGAUAUCAGGAUGAGUUGAUAUGGGGAGCAGGGUGGUUAUUCAAGGCCACCAAGGCUUCUUCUUACUGGGAUUACGCUGUGGGAAACAUGCAGAAACUGGGAGUUUCAGGAAAUGGUGAUAGCUUUGAAUUUGGAUGGGAUUCCAAGCAUGCAGGAAUCAAUGUUCUUCUUUCAAAGUUUUUGAUGAGCAACGUAUCCAAUCCGGCUCCUUUCGUUUCAAAUGCAGAGAAGUUUGUUUGUUCUUUAUUGCCCGAAUCACCUUCACUAUCUGUUUCAUAUUCUCCAGGUGGGCUUUUGUUUAAGCCUGGUGGAAGUAAUACUCAACACGCAACAGCUUUGUCUUUUCUAAUCCUUUCUUAUAGCCGCUACAUAAGCCAGAGGAAAUAUAAUAGAUUCAUCCGUUGUGGAAAUCUCACUGUUUCUCCUGCUAGGCUUACACGUCUCGCCCAAACACAGGUUGAUUAUAUACUGGGAAGCAAUCCACUGAAUAUGUCGUACAUGGUGGGAUAUGGUACAAAAUUUCCUCAGAGAAUACACCAUCGUGCAUCGUCAUUACCCUCAGUUGAUAAACAUCCAGAACCAUUUGACUGCAAAGGAGGAACUUCAUAUUUCUCAACCAAUAAUCCUAACCCGAAUUUGUUGAUCGGAGCCGUUGUUGGAGGACCCGACAUCCAUGAUUCUUAUACUGAUUCUCGACCCGAUUUCACAUAUUCGGAGCCAACCACGUAUAUCAACGCACCUCUUGUUGGACUCUUAGCUUAUUUCAAUUCUCAUCCAAAUAUAUAA